GGCGGUUACGUCAGUUACUAAGGAAAUAUUUUCAAGUCGGUUGAAAAUUCGUUAAAGUUGAAACGAUUUUUUACUUUUUAACGAUUUUUUAGAUUUUAAGGUCGAAAUAUAGUGAAAUAUAAUGGCUAGUGGAUACAGAAAGCCUGUUGGGGGAAGCACGAAGCGUAAAGGAGGCGCAAGGCCCGAAUUAACGGAGGAACAGAAGCAAGAAAUACGUGAAGCUUUUGAUUUAUUUGAUUCUGACGGUUCUGGGAAUAUUGACGUAAAGGAAUUAAAAGUCGCUAUGAGGGCUCUGGGCUUUGAGCCGAAAAAAGAAGAAAUAAAGAAAAUGAUUGCCGACGUUGACCGAGACGGUAGUGGGACGAUUGACUUUAACGACUUUUUGACGAUGAUGACGCAAAAAAUGAGCGAAAAAGACUCGAAAGAGGAGAUUUUGAAAGCGUUUCGUUUAUUUGAUGAUGAUGAAACCGGGAAAAUAUCGUUUAAAAACUUGAAGAGGGUCGCUAAAGAGUUGGGGGAGAACUUGACGGAUGAAGAACUGCAAGAGAUGAUUGAUGAGGCGGAUCGGGACGGGGACGGAGAGAUAAACGAGGUCGAGUUUUUAAGAAUUAUGAAGAAAACAAGUUUGUAUUGAAACUUUAUUUUUCUUGAAAUGAGAAACAUUUGCUUUCCAAGAAAAUAUUAUUUAUAAGAAAGAGUCGUUUCCCGCCCAAAUUUUGGGUUUCUUUAAAAAAAACGGCCAUAAAUAUUUGAAAAACGUUUUCAGCUACGUAAUUUUGGACUUUUUUUAAAAAUUAGUAUUAAAAAAUUUAUGGUUUAUUGGGUUAUAAAGUUUCUAAGCCUUUGUAAAAGUUUUUGGUUUGUUGCCAGCAUGGGUUGUGUACUGUUGCAUGUGGUAGGCUAUAGAGCUUAAAACAUAUGUUGGUGCCAAACUUUCUAAACGCAGGGGAGGCAGGGAUAGUUAGACACAAUCCUGUGAAACAAAUCUAACUUAUUGGUUGUAAUGUUUACUGAUUAAUGCAGUGCAAACAAUUCCAGGUUUGGCCUGCCCACCCUGCCACCCCAGGUUUGGUGCCUAUACAUACACAUUUAAAAUAAGGUCAUUCAUAAAACAAACAUAUUCUAUUUCACCAACCUGGAACUAAAUUCAUUCAUAAACUAUGUAUAUACAAUAUGUGUUCUAGAUGCCCUACCACUUACUUAACACAUGGUAAAUACAUUUAUAACAUUCAUAUUCAAAUCUACAUAAACCAUUAUUCAGUUUCAUUCACAUUCCUAUCACAUGAAUAGAUAACCCACAAACCUAUUCAUUUCAUAUUCAGUGUGUUUAGUGUAACAUGCAUGCUUGAAAACUGUGUGCAAAUGAAACUUGCACGCAGUUUCAUUUACGUGUGAAUAUUAGACUCAUGUUUAGUCUUAUGUUCACACGUUCACAAAAGGGGUCUUGUGUAUUAGGUUUGAAUUUAUCCAAAAACAAAUCGACAAAUAAAUCACCUUUAAGAGAAGAGUAUAUUUAUAAGGGUUUAAAAUUAUAUUUUUUUGAUUUUAUUUUGCUACAAACAAUAUGAAUUGUUAAUAACAAAGGAAAAAAUGAAUUUUUUGUUGCAUUAUAAUUCCUAUUAUGAUGUCACUAUCGUUGUAUUGUUGUGUUGAGUUUCUUUGUAGUUUUAGUUUAAGUUUUGUAUGAAAUAAAAACAAAAAAUAUUUCCA